AUGAAAGCUAUUACUCUCUUAAUAUUUUGUGUUUCUCUUAUUUCUUUAGUUCAUGCCUCAUACCAAAUUCAUACCUUACAACACCAAGUUCAAGUAACAAAAGUAAGUCAAGUAAUCCCUUUUUUUGUUAUUGGUGAACUUUUUGGUGGUUUAGUAGCUUGUUUUGUUGGUUGUUGUUUCUAUGGUGAAUUUGUUGAUAUUAAAAUUUCAUCUGGGUUAUUAAAGAAAUCACGAAGUCAUUUUAUGACAUUCCCAGCAUUCCAACCACUUCCUCCAACACUUUAA